UUCCUGCUUCUCGGCUGUAAACUUUUGACACCAGAAAUGAAGUUCAAAAUCCAAUGUAUCUCUGUUUAACAAAUGGAUUCAACUUUAAGACAAACCGUGGACACUUUUUGGACUGCAUAAUUUAACCUCGAACCGGACAAUUAAUCAGCAAGAGUAUAUGUACAAGAGUGUUUAUUUUUUUAAAUCAUGGAGGACCCGAACAGACCACAGAGAAAGAUGUCGACCGCUGGGGACAGUCUCUACAAAGUCUUGGGGCUGGAGAAAGGAGCUACUCAAGACGAAAUUAAGAAAGCUUACAGGAAGUUAGCUUUGAGGCAUCACCCAGACAAGAACCCGGACAACCCCGAAGCGGCCGAGAAGUUUAAGGAAAUUAACAAUGCAAAUUCAAUCCUGAGUGAUGAGAAUAAACGGCGUAUCUAUGAUGAGUACGGCUCCAUGGGGCUUUACGUGGCCGAGCAGUUUGGAGAAGAGAGUGUCAAAUACUACUUCCUCAUGUCCAAAUGCUGGUUCAAGGGCCUGGUGAUCUGCUGCACCAUCUUCACGUGCUGCUGUUGUUUCUGCUGCUGCUGUUUCUGUUGUGGUAAAUGUUCCCCUAAAGAAGAGGAGGACUUCGGCUACAUCGACCCCGAAGACCUGGAGAACGAGCUGCGCCAACAAGAAGCAGAGGAAGACUCUGUUGCACAGCCCAGCUCUGAUAGAACAGAAGGUGAAAAUACGCCAAUCGUGAUCCAGCCACAUGCAGCAAAUGGCUCGUCUGGACCCAGCAACCCUCCCAUCGCUCUCCCAGACAAAUGAACCACAAACACCCUCCCUUCUGCACGAGUCUGCCCGAUCCUGGGACUCCCAAAACUGGGCCAAGACUUUAGCCUUGGCCUCUCAUCUCUGGAGGUUCCUCUGAUGAUUUUACUAUGCAACUUAUCAACUUACAGACUGACUUUAAACAGCAGAUUGGGUUGUUUACACAGCUAUUUGAAUGUGCCAAUAAUGAUUUUUGACAAUUAAUUUGCCAAUCAUAUAUUUAUAUUUUAAUCCUUUUUUAUUAUUGUUAUCAUGGGAACUGCAUAGAAAAAAAGUUGAUUUAUGUGCACUUUAAGUGAUAGUUUUAAAUUGUGAUGCUGCCAAAAUGGUCUGAUAACUUUGAUAAAUAGUUUAUACUUUGGUUCGAGGUAUAUUUUUAUGUAAAUUAAUAGGCAUCAUAAUAUCAUGGAUUAAGCAAAACCAUGAGAUGUCUUAUUUAAGUCCUGGUUUAGAUCUGGGUUUAGAAAUGGGGUUUUCCUGGGUUAGCCCUCUUUUAGUCCUCUUUUAGUCCUGGUCAAGCUGUGGGUUAGUCCCGGGUUAGUCCCGGGUUAGUCCCGGGUUAGUCCCGGGUUAGUCCCGGGUUAGCCCCGGGUUAGUCCCGGGUUAGUCUUGUGGGUUCUUCCAAUCUGCAGUGUAUCAGAGAUGGUUUAGUCCCGGUUUAGUCCCGGUUUAGUCCCGGUUUAAUGCAGCUCUUGUGGGUGUUUCCAGUCUGCAGUGGUCAGAAUAAUUAGAACUGCUUUUUAGACCAGUUUUAAUUCUGUCUUGGUUUAGUCCCGGUUUAGGUUUGGUCAGUAUCCACCAGUGCUGCUUUAGACAUUGGCGUGUCUGGUUUAGUGCAGGUUUAAAUUUGGCAGGUCAUCUGAAUGUUUUUUUUAUAAAUGUUAAUAAUUGUCCAUGUUAUCAACACAACUUUUGCUGCACAAACUCCAUACCCUUUCUUCUCAUCACUACUACUGUUGUAAAGCACUUGUUAACUUCACGGUAUUUCAAACUGUUAAAAAUCUGUUUCGAAUGAGGGAAAAUUUACGUAGAUAGUUAAAUAGUAUUUAGUAGGACUUGAGAUGUCAGUCAUUAUUAUGGGUGGAACAUUGUGUCUUAUGUAAUGUGGACAUUUAAACGCACUGUUGUGUUUACAACUUUUUAUCUCUGUAAAUAACUUUAAAGGCACAUCAGUCUAAAUGCAUUGUGUAGUCACUGCAAAAAACAGGAUAAAUUACUUGAAUAUUAAUCUUAUUUGGAAUAAUGCUUAGUUGAGUUAAAGACGCAGUAUGUCAUUUUUCGGGUGGACGGUCAGCCUCCUGUGGCCAUGGAGAUAUUGCCUUGCCAGGAUUGUUCCGAAGUAUGGUGUUAAACUUAUGCUUGUUUCCAUGGUGAUACUAGAUAUCAGUUACAGGUCUGUGGAGAUGACACCCCAUUUACAGUGAGUAAAAACACCCGGAAUUGAAUAAAUGCAACAUAGAAAACUUUAAUGCUGCACAGUGGAACAUUCCAGGUAAAGCAAUGACAUCUCCAAGGAGAUAAGAAAAUGGUGUUAAGAUAUUCUACUGGUUUUGAUGUUUUGUUUUUCUUGUUUUGAAAGUACUCUAUGUAACUUUUCUGGUGGAGGAUAACCCACCUGCUUGUCUCCAUGGAGACGUUAUUCCUUUGCUUGGAAUGUUCCACAGUAUGGCAUUACACAUUUAGCUACCUCCACCAAGAAGCUUUUCUAAUCUAUAAAACCACAAAUUUAACAACUGAAAGAUAAAUAAGAGUAAUGUCGUACUAUGGAACAUUCUGGGCAAAGUAAUGUCUCCAUGCAGGCAAGCAGAUGGUGGAGCCCCCAUCAGAAAAGGUUUCAUAGUGCACCUUUAAGUUAUAUUAUAAAGGUGUACAUUUAUAAUCUUAGUCAAAAAUAUUAUCUCACUGUUAAAUAAAUUUGCAUUAAAUUUGGAAAACUCAAGACAAGAUUCAUAUUUUGAUUUCAAACCACAUGUAAAGUUUAGUUUUUCACAAAUGGGAUUGAACUGUUUGGUGACGUCGUCUCAGGGUUAUUCUUGAAAUCGUCAGUCUUCCAUGUUACUCUUGCUCUGCCCAUAUCCAUAACAUUUUUUGCUGUAAAAAGUGUGCCUUUAUGUGCAAAUUAAAUGUUUG